AUCUUUAAGUUUUAACAAAUCUUUAUUACUAUAGAAAUAGAGUUCUUUUUUUGUAUACAACUAAAUACAGUAAAAUUGUCUUCAUUGGACUGAAUUCUUUGACAUUCGUGAAUUAUUGUAGUUGUGAAUAAACGACGAAAACAAUAGAUUCGACUGUUUAUUUGCUGGAAAUAAGUGUUCAGUUCAAACAUUGUUUAUUUGCUCAUGCAAAAGUUAAUUUACGAAUUACUAAAAUAAAUCUUUUUUGCAAAAGCGGUGCAAAACUUUUACUGCCGGUGAACUGAAUUUUCUGCAAUUAUUUCAUUACAAUGUCUGAGUGUAACAGCGGCGACUUGAAAUUAGAUGCGGCAGUGAACAGCUGGUUAAAACAUGACAAGAACCCAACCACUCGCCAAGAGGUCCUAGAUGACAUUGCCAGCUCAAAAUGGGAGAAGUUAAAGAAGACAAUGCUCCAUCGUCAGAAGUUCGGCACUGCUGGUCUCCGAGGCCGCAUGGGCGCCGGAUACACAUGCAUGAAUGAUGUUGUAGUGUUGCAGACUGCACAGGGUCUGUGCUCAUAUAUUCAGAAGUUAUGCAGUCAAACUCCUUUACAUAACGUUGUCAUUGGUUUUGAUGGAAGGCAUCACAGCAAAAGGUUCGCAGAGCUAACAGCGAAGGUAUUCGUCUCAGCAUCGAUUCCGGUGCAUCUGUUCUCGGCAGUGUGCCCGACGCCGCUGGUAUCGUUUGGUACGAUACUGUACGACGCCGCGGCCGGUGUGAUGGUCACCGCAUCCCACAACCCCAAAGAGGACAAUGGAUAUAAAGUGUACUGGGGGAACGGAUCGCAGAUAAUUUCGCCGCACGAUGAAAAUAUACUGGACGAGAUACUGCAGUGUUUGGAUAUACCAGACGAACACUGGGACAUAUCAGAGAUCCGCUCGCACGAGCUAAUAAAGGAUUGCCACGACGAGGUGACGUCGAAGUACAUGGAGUACAUUCGCGACAGUCUGCAUUCUGACGUGGUGGAGAACAACAGAUCAGCUGCGGUAGACACUGUGUACAGCGCCAUGCACGGAGUGGGAUAUCAAUACGUCGUCAAAGCCUUCGAAACGGCAGGUCUGAAGAAACCGAUAAGUGUGAAAGAACAACAAGACCCGGACCCGGAGUUCCCGACGGUGACGUUCCCGAAUCCCGAGGAGUUGCAGUGCCUGGAGCUGAGCAUGGCAUUAGCUCAGCAACAUAACGUCAGACUCGCGCUCGUCAAUGAUCCCGACGCUGACAGGCUCGCCGUCGCCGAAUAUGACGAGCAAUCUGCCUCAUGGAAGAUCUUUACUGGUAACGAGAUGGGAUCGUUGCUGGGCUGGUGGCUGCUGCGGCAGUACUACCGGCGGCGGCCGGACGCGUCGCCGGACCACGUGUACGUCAUCUCCAGCAUCGUCAGCUCCAAGAUGUUGCGCGCCGUCGUCGAAGGGAAGGGACAGUUCGUCGAGACCUUAACUGGGUUUAAAUGGAUGGGUAACACGACCCUUCUGCUGUCACAACAGAGCAAGACGGCGGUGUUCGCGUUCGAGGAGGCCAUCGGGUACAUGUGCAACGCAAGAGUGCCAGACAAGGACGGCGUGUCGGCCGCCGUACACGUAGCUUCAUUAGCAUCUCACUUGUACGCAAAAGGUUCGUCCCUCAACCAACAAUUGCAAGCGUUGUAUGCCGAGUACGGAUACCACGUGUCUUACAACGCGUACUACAUCUGCCACGAGCCGGCAGUCAUACAGAAGAUAUUCAGGCGGAUAAGGAACUACCAUGGACCGGGGGAGUAUCCAAGGCAAGUGGGUUCACAUGAGAUAGUGUUUAUAAACGAUUUCACUGCUGGAGUGAAGAUACCGGAAGAGACUAACGGCGGACCGCACUUGAGUGUGCUCGGCACCGGCCUGGACCAGGAGUACACGAGCGGCGAGAUGAUCCUCCUGCGCACGCGCGGCGGGCUCGCGCUCACCGCGCGCACCAGCGGCACCGAGCCCAAGCUCAAGUACUACAGCGAGCUCGUCUGCGACGCGCCCACCGCCGGGGACCAAAUGCAAAUGAAGGAAAAACUAAAGGAGAUGGUGGAAGAAUUUGUUGAAGAGCUCUUACAACCGAAAGAGAAUGGUUUGUUGUAAGAUAAUUUAUUUUUAUAGCACUAUAAUGGUAUAUUAUAAUUGUUAUUUUUCGUAUACUUGAUGUUACUUGUUUAUAUAAUCACAUCGUUUUGCAGCCCUACGAUAUGAUAAAACUGUUGACGAGGGUCGGUAGGUAAUAUACAGGGUUGUUUUGAUAUAAUAACGAAUAUUUUCACCAACAAUCCUUUUAGUUUUCUGAAUUUCUGAUCAUUUUGUAGUAUAAUGCGAACAUGGCGCGUGCGUGAGUGUAUUUCUGACUGAAAGUAUGAUGCCGCUGCAAAGAAUUCUCUUAGAGUAGUACUCGUGGCUUUAGGGCGCGUAAAAUUAAAAUUAAAUUUUAUUAAUAUUUAUUUUGUUCGAAACUUCACUUUUUUAUUUUACAUCUACGGCUGUUGUAACUUAUUGUAAAGUAUUAUUUCUAAGUAGAUAAGUAUGUGGUUUCAUUUAGUAACGCGAUGUCAAAAUGACCCUGUAUAACAAAUUAACAAAUGGGUACAAUUUAUAUGCAAUCGGGUUUACAUGAUGAUUUUUAAACCAUACGAUCAUAUUUUAUUUUCAUUUCACAUUUUACAUAUUGUUCUAAACAUUUUUUAUUGAGAUGUUGUUGUAACAUUUGUGUAUCAUUUCUCUUAAAGUUUUUUAAUCUUAGAUUA